CAUGCCCUCUGGAAAUACAAUUAGCAUGGUCAUAUUCGUAAUUUCCUUAAGAACCCCAUGUCACUGUACCAGUUUAGGACUUGUAUAUAAACCAAGAGCCUUCAAUCUUCAUUCACAUUGAACUCCAAGUGCCCACAAACAAAUUUGAAGACCCUUUUCAAGGCCAUUGAUUUCUUCAAACUUUGGUUUUGUGUUUUAUUGCGUAGAUAUAAAGAAGCAAACCAAGAUGUAUGAAUACAAGCACUUGAUCAGGAAAAGCAGCAGCAGCUUCCUGAAAAGGACUUUGCAGCUUGUUCUUUCAAUCUCUAUAUUUUCUUGCAUUCUUUGUUACUCUUCAGGAUUUUCUUUCUUUCCUCAUUCUUUCAAUGUCUACUUCUCUACUUUCCUUUUCUCAUUCUUGACUCAUACUCUUGAGAGGAAGUACAUGUUCCUUAUUUGCAAUGGCAUCCUUGUGUUCCUUGCCAAAACCUCAAUUGCUUGUUCAUCUUCUUCUUCAUGUGUUGGUAAAAAAAAUUUACCGGCUUCUGAAUUGUAUUCUGAAGUUAAAGCACCAGUUCGUGAUGUUGGUGAAGAAGCUAUAGUUGAGGCAAGAACUGAAUCUAAUUCUCUGGAGAAUGCUGCACUUGCCGCCGAGGAAGAACUAGAUCAACAAGAAAAAGAAAAAGAACAAGGGUAUUUGCUUAGAGAAGAAGAAGAAGAAGAAGAAGAAGAGCGAGAAAAGGAAGCUUUGAGAGCAGAAGGUGAAGAUGAAGAAGAAAGGUCUGUGACUGUAGAAGAAGAAGAAAAUAGAAAAGUGCUAGAAGCAACAGAAGGAGCAAGCACUGAAUAUACACAAAUAAGUACAGAUGAAUUGAACAAGAGAAUUGAAGAUUUCAUAAGGAAAAUGAAGGAAGAAAUCAGGAUUGAAGCUCAAAGACAGCUAAUCACAGUCUAAUUAUGAACCUACAUUUUGAAAGAAAAAAAAGUUAUUAAGAUGAACUAUUGAGCUCUCAUGUUUAUUUUUUGUUUCCUUUGUAGA